ACUAAAGACCCUUGUCAGUCUGAGAUGGAGAGAGCAAUGAUUUCUGCCGUUACACUUCUCUGUGUUUUGUUGUGUGAAGAGCAGAAAGUGUUCGGGACAGAAGUGAACAUGAGAGUUAACCCAGGAGAAAGCGUCACUCUCUACUCUGACUGCGCUGUACUGGUUGGAUCUCACAUUGUUUGGAUAAGAAACUGCUCGCAUGAGAAUCAGCCAUCUCUAGUGAUAGAUCCCUCAAAUAUGUUUUUAGAGACACUUCCUCGUUUCAGUUUAGUGUUCAACAGCUCUAGUAACUCUUAUGAUCUACAUAUAAAGAAUGUCAGUGUCUCUGAUGAAGGAUUGUAUUAUUGUGCCAUUAAUGAAAGAAACGUAAAGACAAAUUCUGAGUACCAGAAUGGAAACAUGACAACGCAUCUAUCUGUCUUCGAUGAUAUUUUUGACAUUUACCUUUGCUUGUUUGAUUCAGAGUCAGUGACUUCACACACAGAUAACAUCAACAUCACCUCCAGAUUUCCUGCAUCAGACUGUGGGCUCUGCUUUAUUCUGCUGUUCAGUGUGUGUUCGGUGUGUGUUCUCCUCUUCUCCGUCUGUCUCUACUGCCUCUGUCACAAGAAAACUACAGUUUCUGCAUCAACACAGACUGAGAAUGGAUAUUAUGAGAGUGAAGCAAAAGUGUGUUACGCCUCCCUGAACACACCUUCAAUGCUGAAGAAAAAGGAAGUGCAGCGAUCAGACUUCAGUAUUUACACAGAGGUCCAAACCAACAGAAAAUAGUCAAAGCUAGUUCUGCUGCAAUCUUUGAAGACACAGUGCUUCAUAUGCUGAUAUUUAUAAUCUUUUGUUUUCUUUUAUAAAAAUCAUAUGGUAAGAUACCUUAAUCAUCAAGUUCACUUGAAAAGGAUAGGCUUUUACAGCAUGUAAAAAUCAAAAAAUGUUUUGACCUUUUUUUAUCAGGUACCAUCAUAUUGUUUGAACAGUCACUUUGUUUAAAUAAUCAAGACUGAGAGCGUUUUAUUGGUAAUGUGUCAGCUUUUCUAUUGACAAAUUGUGAAGUUUUUUUAUUUACAAAUACUUCUAACAAAGCAACAAAAGAUUUUUGUACUGGACGAGUUAGACCAUUCAUAUUAUUACAAAACGAAAAGAUUACUGAAGCAAAAACCACUGGUCUAUAAAACUCAGAGAGUAUUACAUGCAUUAAACAGCUAUAAGGUCAAAUAAUCUAAAGAAACCACUUACACGAUUAAAGCAAACAGUGCUAUAUUCCUUUUAUUUUGUUAUAUUUCACUCAAAAAUUAAAUUUGUCAUCAGCCACUCACACUUAAGCUUAUACCAAACCUGAAUUUCCUUCUUCUGUUAAAAAAAAAAGAUGAUAUUUUGAUGAUUUAAAGUAGCAUUACAAUGUAUGGUAGCCACUGAAUUCCAUAAUAUUUUGCCCUCUAUAGAAGGCAAUGGCAACUGUCUGACAACCAACAUUAUUCAAAAAAUUAUCAUCUUUUGUUGUUAAACAUUAGAACAAUUUCAAGUGUUAGUAAUUGAUGACACUAUUUAAAUUUUUGAGUGAACUGUCCUUUUAAGUGUAAGUAUAAAUGUAGCGAUUGUCAAUCUUUAUUUAUUAGCAAUGUAGCUCUAUGUAAUUUAUCUUCAGAAAGAGUAUAAUGUUGAGAAUAUAGCCUACUUCUGAUUUUGUACAUGAAAUAUGUUAUCAUUAUUAUUUUAAUAAAGAUAUUUAUAUAGAUGGAAA